AUGUAUGGUUUGCUCCCAAGCGUGCUCGUCGGGGUGGCCGUGGCGUUGGUGACAGCGCAGGUGCAACUCAUGAAGUUGCACGUGCUCAAGUACCACGUUUCGCGGGUGUCAGUGAAAACCAACCUGCAUCGGAGCGACCGAGAGAGAAGAAUCUUAAAGGAAUACGGCGAGUUGAUCGAGUGCUUGGGCUUGGAGGGUUUCCUGGCGGAGGGGCCAAUGAUCAAGCUCUCAAACUACGUGCGACAGUAUGUUGAAUGCAACAAGGUUCUUCGCUUCAUGGUCUUUGAUCUACAGGCUUGUCAAGGAUGCAACGUCUCCGCAUACGCACUCCUUGCAAAGCUGGACAAGGUCCUGCAGAACGAAGGCAUCUGCGCGUACUACAGCAGCCUGGAGGCUGACAUGAGCUGCGGUCUAAAGUCCUUCGGAGUGCCGGCUGAUCGUAUUUUCGACUCAGAACAUGGCUCCCACAGCUCCUUCAUGAAGGCUUUGCAGUGCUGCGAGGACAUGGUCCUGGAGAGUGUCCUUCAGGUUGAUUGGCAGAGACAGAUCUCCAACCCGAUCGACAUAACAGACUCCGACGACAAUUUGCAGGAGAAGAUUCGGCACUUUCUCGACUUGACACCGGACCAGGUGCGGCAGCUAUGCCAGGCAGGAACCUGGCAGCAGAAGAACACUGGUGACCGGCUGUCGAGCCAAGGUGUCUGUGAAACCACCGUCAACAUUGCCGUGCCGGGUAGCAGCAAGGUGGCCGAGACGGUGGACGUCGGAUCCAACUGGGGAGCAGCUCAAGAAGUCAGCAGCAGCAAAGCUGGAUUCAUUUGUGGCUUGGAGAGCGUUCUCUACGAUGAGCCGUCGCGCUCGACCUGCAGAGUCCAAGAGCCUUCGAAGGUGCUCUGCAUCAAGCGCGCUGAGAUGCAGCAGCUGGUCGCAUCAGAGCCCUCCAUUGCCAACUGUCUUGGCCGAAUCACCACCCGUCAGUUUCUUCGUCACAGCGACGUCUUAUUGCAGGCUCUCCAGCUCUACGAGGGGGGUGGAUGGAGAGGCGGACACUUCGACAAGCACACUGCGCAAGUUUGCUUGAACAUGCUCGGGCAAGAUAGCAAGGAAGAUGCCAGCCCGUCCAGAAGGAUUCAGAACGCGCUGCCAGAGAAACUUGGCAAUCUGAGCUCGCCCACGGUUCCACGCAAGCCGAGGAUGACUCGAAUACAAAGGCAAGGUACAAUCGACGCAUGGGCACUCAAGUGGUGGGAAGAACGGAACAGCAGCACAGUCGCUCUGUCGUAG